ACCCAAAGUAUUGGUGUACACCACAAAGUCAUUGGUAGUAGUUAGAUAACUUCACUAAAAAAACAAACAUCGAUUGUUUGAACUUUGAAAACAAUGGGUGGGAAAGAUAGAAUCCUUGUUCUGGGAGCCACAGGAGCCAUGGGAAGACACAUAGUAUGGGCAAGUGUUAAGGCUGGCAAUCCCACAUAUGUCUUGGUCAGGAACACCCCUGGCAAUAACAACAAGAUAAGCCUUAUCAAAUCUGCUAAUCCUGAAACCAAGGAAGAGCUCAUCCAGAACUUCAAAAAUUCUGGGGUUAAUAUAAUCGAGGGAGAUAUGAUGGAUCAUAGAACUCUGGUUAAGGCAAUCAAGCAAGUUGAUGUUGUAAUUUGCACUGUUGGUAGACUACUAAUUGAAGAUCAAGUGAAGAUCAUUGCAGCAAUAAAAGAAGCUGGAAACAUCAAGAGAUUUUUCCCAUCUGAAUUUGGGUUGGAUGUUGACCGUCAAGAUGCAGUUGACCCUGUAAGAGAAGUUUUCGAGGCAAAAGCAAAAAUCCGAAGAGUGAUCGAAGCUGAAGGAGUUCCUUACACUUACCUUUGUUGUCAUGCAUUUACUGGUUACUUCUUACGUAACCUGUCGCAGGUUGACACUGCUGUUCCUCCUCGAGACAAGGUGGUUAUUCUAGGAGAUGGAAAUGUAAAAGGAGCGUAUGUGACUGAGGCUGAUGUUGGGACUUAUACCAUCGAAGCAACGAAUGACCCUAGAACCUUGAACAAAUCCGUACACAUAAGACUCCCUGCCAAUUAUUUGACCUUAAAUGAAGUCAUCUCUUUGUGGGAGAAAAAGAUUGGGAAGACUCUUGAGAAAACUUAUGUUACAGAAAAACAAGUUCUAAAGGACAUUAAGCAGUCUCCCUUACCAAAUAACUAUCUGCUGGCAUUGUUCCACUCACAACAGAUAAAGGGAGAUGCAGUAUAUGAGAUUGACCCUUCCAAAGACGUUGAGGCUUCUGAGUUUUAUCCUCACGUGAAAUACACCACCGUCGAUGAAUAUUUGAACCAAUUUGUCUGAUUUCUGAAAGCUGAAGAAUUAUUAACGCACUUUUAUCACUCUACUACUGCUUAAUAAAACAAAUGUUUUUUUUCCUUUUUUUUUUUUUUAAUAAAGGCAUGAAUUUGCACAUCGAGUACUACCAGUCAACCAUUGUGUUUGUUAUGAACUCAAUAUUAUCUCCACAUUGAUGUAAUAUAUUCUACCAGUAAAACAACAAAUUUACUAUUGCUUGCACUGUGCAAA